AUGGCACACCGCAUGUCACACUACUCGGGGGUAUCGAACAAUCAGAGCAGGACGAACACGAUGCAGCACAACAUCUCCCAGCAAAUGUCCACCUCCUCAUGCCUCAACGCCUGCCACAGCGCAUACACCGCCUCUCACGCACACCCGCUGGAGUCAAGUACGAGUCUCGUGGUCAACACAUGGGUCACCGGCUCCUCCACCGGCCCAGAUGGACGGUAUGGCGGCACAGUGGAUGGCGAGUUGGCGCGGAGGGCGUGGGAGCACGCACGACGGAGGGCAGAAGAUGGGGCGGUGGUGCUUGGCUCAAUGCAUCACUCUACGCCAUCUUUGCUGGCACCCUUCGUCUCCGCCCUCCCGCUCAGCGUACCCGGGGCCUUUUACACAGCACUCAACGCGCUGCGACCGUUUCUACACACAGUAACCCCCUUCAACCCCUCACUACCGCGCUACAGCAGUCUCUCAGCCGUCCUCACCUUCUCCCUCGCCGGCGACAUCACAGCCGCAUCGCUCGGUCUCAGCACCUCCGGCAUCGACACUAAGAAUGGUCUGCUCAACGUCCCGGCCGAACCCGGCUACCGCGCCUUCGACGUCUUCUACUACCUCCUCACAUCUCCUUCGCAGCAGGAGCGCGAGUAUCUCGGCCUCAAGCACCCCUCUAAAUACGCACUGCUGCGCAAGAGCGAGACGUACACUCCGCCCUCAUUCUUACCCACCGCAGACGAUGCCGCAGCCGCAGAAGACUUUCGCGAGUCGCUCAAGCAGAUUGGCGUCAAGGGCAAGAACUUGAAGUACCUGCUCUCCGUCGUUGCGGCUAUACUGCGUCUGGGCGACGCCAUCGGCUUCUUAGUCGAUCAAGAAGAGCUCGAAUCAACAUGUGAGGACGUUGGCGGCCUGCUAGACGUAGAUCCGGAAGUCCUCCUCAAGAAGUGUGUAACGGAAGAGCGCGAGGUGCUGAUCGCCGGCCUCUAUGAAGCCCUUGUCGACUGGGUCAUCGCCCGCGCCAACGAAGCCAUCCGCUUCGAGCUCCAAAACGGCCGCGCAAUCGGCUCCACUCGCAGCGGCGAAAGCGAUUCGGGCGUCGCCACACCACCGAGCAGCGACGAUGACGGCGACAGCGUAAGCAUUACAGUCAUUGAAAUACCGAGCCAGACUCUCGGCAAAGCCGUGGCGCUCAAGACCGUCUUCGACGACAGCACGGGGAUUAACGCGGAGAUGCGAGAAGACGGCGUGCCAUUCGUUCCCGCCGGAUCGUCGGUGAUACGAGAGAUGAAGGAUGCCAUCUCCCACACUGAGCCGGAUCUGGACAUUAUGACCGGCUCUCUUGGGCGGGAGCGCGAAAACGAGGUGGAGAGACGGCAAGCCGUCCUCGAGAAAAUUGGGCUCGAGGCUGAAGCGGAUAGCUUCGUCCGCACCAUCCUCUUCCCAGCCUCCGCCACCGCCGGCAUAACACUCGGCAAAACCAACCGUUUCAGCCUCCCCCAAGUACUGGAAAGCAGCCGCGUCUGGUUCCACCUAUGCCUACACCCUUCUGACGACUCUCCUGCCACCUUCGCAUCGCAGCGACAGAAUGCCUUCCCCUGGCACGCCGCCAGCGUAUCCAGCCAGAUCCGCUCCUGGCGCUUACCCGAGUGGGCGAACCACAGGAAUAAGCAGCUCGACUUCACCGCCGACUUCGACAUCGAGGAGUUUGUGGAUCGGUAUAGUCGGCUAGGCUGUCAAGGCGGGCGCGAAGGCGUCGAGGCGUGGAUCUUGGAGCGCGGGUGGAGCAAUGGCGAAGUCAUUGUAGGGAGCGAAAGGGUUUGGAUCCGAGAGGGCGCGUGGGGGGAAGCGGAAGGGAUGCUUGAUUUGCUACCCCAGCUUCAACAACAACACAGCGCUGGGAUCGAGAUGGAUCCCUUCGCGGAUACACCUGGACUCGAGACGGGAUAUGGCGUGCAGACUCCCGCGGGGAUAGGUGAGGGUUUUUUCGCGCCCAAUUACGGAGAGUCUCGGGAGAACCUCCUCGGCCGUGCCCAAACUCCCCUCGCCCCGAGCAGGAUGGGUGGCAGAAGUCUGGCUCCUACGAUCGCGGGAGCGCAGACGAUGCGUAGUGUACAUACUACGGGCGGCGAUUACGGUUUGGGACGGAAGGGCGACGUGAACCACGAUAUCGUCGACUAUGGCGACGGCGUGGACGAUGGCAAUCUCGCCGACGGCAAGCACGUCGAAGUGCAGCGGACGACGUGGGGAAGACGAGCCUGGGUCGCUGCGACUUGGGCCGCUACUUGGUGGAUCCCGUCCUUCGUGCUGAAAUACGUGGGCGGGAUGAAGCGGCCGGAUGUGAGACUGGCUUGGCGGGAGAAGGUCCUGCUCGUCCUUCUCAUCUUCCUUAUCAACGCGACCGUCGUGUUCUGGAUCGUCGAGUUCGGAAACUUGAUAUGUCCAAACUGGGACAAAGUCUGGGAUCGACAGGAAGUAUCGUACCACCAAGGCGACAACGAUUUUUGGGUCAGUUACCGCGGAGGCGUGUACGAUCUGAGCCAUUUCUGGAAACUGCAGCACUCCGACUCCAGCAUCGAAGUGACGACCGAUCUCAUGCAGCCCUUUGCCGGAACGGACGUGAGCGAGUACAUCGUCCCGCCCCUCACGAUCGCGUGUCCGGGGUUGGUGAACGAUACCAGCGUAGUGCUGCAGUCGAACAACACUCUCACCUACCCGCAAGCGACGCACGUAAGUGGGCCGUUACAAGGUGACACCACGACGAAACUCCAUGAUAUCAACUGGUACACCGAGUACUUCCUCCCGCGCAUGAAGACGAUGUACAAAGGCCCGUUGGUGUACCAGCGGAGCAAAAUACAUGCCGAUGGCCAGGAUAACAGUCACAUGUGGUUCAUCAUCAACAAGAAGGUCUACGAUCUGACGGAUUACUUCUACACCCUCAAGAUGCUGAAUGGUUAUCCCACGUACGCUUUCUUCGGCGAGGACGUGGCGACGCUGGUGCAGAGCAACCCGGGCGCGGAUCUGAGUGAGUUGUGGUUCAGCACGCUGAAUUACACCAUGGCGUACAAUGGCCUCAACUGCCUCAACAACGCCUUCUACAUCGGCGACGUGGAUUUCCGCAAAACGGCCCGGUGUCAGGUGAACAAUUACAUCCUGCUCGCCUUCACCAUCAUCCUUUGCUCAACCAUCCUCAUCAAGUUCUUGGCAGCGUUACAGCUAGGCGGCAAGCGGCGGCCAGCGCAGCAGGAUAAGUUUGUCAUCUGUCAAGUCCCCGCCUACACGGAGGGAGAGGAUUCGCUACGGAAGGGCCUCGACUCGCUGACGGCGUUGGCGUACGACAACAAGCGGAAGCUCAUCUGCGUCAUCUGCGACGGCAUGAUCGUCGGAGGAGGCAACGACCGGCCCACACCGAAGAUCGUGUUGGAUAUCCUCGGCGUGGACCCGAAGGUCGAUCCGCCCGCGCUACCAUUCAAGAGUGUAGGCGUCGGCUCUGAACAACUCAACUACGGCAAGGUGUACUCGGGCCUCUACGAAUACGAAGGCAACGUCGUCCCCUACCUCGUCAUCGUGAAAGUGGGCAAAGAAUCCGAACAAGCAAAGUCCAAACCGGGCAACAGGGGUAAACGCGACAGCCAAAUCCUGCUCAUGUCCUUCCUCAACCGCGUGCACCACCGCAGCGCCAUGAACCCGCUCGAACUGGAGAUGUUCCACCAGAUCAACAACAUUAUCGGAGUGGAUCCGGAGCUGUACGAGUACCUGUUCAUGGUCGACGCUGACACGAAGGUGAAAGAGGAUUCGUUGAAUCGACUUGUGGCGGCGUGUAGCCAUGAUGCGAAGAUCGCGGGCAUCUGUGGCGAGACGAGUUUGGAGAACGAGGAGCGCAGUUGGUGGACGAUGAUUCAGGUUUAUGAGUACUACAUUUCGCAUCACCUCGCCAAGGCUUUCGAGAGUUUGUUUGGCAGUGUGACUUGUUUGCCUGGAUGUUUCUGCAUGUACCGCCUCCGCACCGUGGACAAAGGCCGCCCGCUCAUCAUCUCCGACAAAGUCAUCACCGAGUACGCGGACAACAACAUCGACACGCUGCACAAGAAGAACCUGCUCUCGCUCGGCGAGGACCGUUACCUCACCACGCUCAUGACCAAGCAUUUUCCAGCUAUGUCGUACAAAUUCGUCCCGGACGCUUACGCCCUCACCGAAGCCCCCGCGGAGUGGUCCGUCUUGCUCUCGCAACGCCGGAGAUGGAUUAACUCGACUAUCCACAAUCUGGCUGAGUUGGUCUUUCUCAAGGACCUUUGCGGAUUUUGUUGUUUCUCGAUGCGAUUUGUCGUGUUCAUCGAUCUCUUCGGAACUAUCAUCUUACCCGCCACCUGCGCGUACCUGGUCUACUUGAUCGUCCGGGUAGCCACGCAUACGGGCCAAUUCCCGCUCAUCUCGAUCAUCAUGAUCGCGUGCGUGUACGGCUUGCAGGCGGUCAUCUUCAUCAUCAAGCGGCAGUGGCAGCAUAUCGGCUGGAUGAUCAUCUACAUCCUGGCCUACCCUAUCUACAGCUUUGUCCUGCCUGUCUACAGCUUCUGGAAGCAGGAUGAUUUCAGCUGGGGUAACACGAGGAUCGUCAUAGGUGAGAAGGGUGAUAGGAAGGUGGUGGCGACUGAUGAUGUGGGCUUUGACCCGCGGAGUGUACCGUUGCAGCGGUGGGACGACUAUGCGCUGCAGAAUGGGCUGCCCGGGCGGAGAGGCCUAGCGGCGCAGGAGAAGGAGAUGAUGUAUGAGGGUGGUAUGGCUGGAGCGGGAUAUGAGAUGGAUGACAUGCACAGUGUCUACAGCUCCGUCAAGCCGGCCAGCACGAUCUUGACCGGCUUUCCGGGGAUGGGCGGCCAGCAACAUCCGCAAUCGCAAUCGCAGAUGGGCAUGUAUCGCCCGCCACCGCAGCACCGACAGAGCACGUACAGCCACCUGAGCCGGUACACGGACCACCCGCAACAACCGCAACAGAUGAUGGAUCUGCAGCAGCAGCAACAACAACACCUCAUGUCCAUGGGCGGCUACCAAUCCCCGCCACCCCAACAAUACGCACCAAGCGGCAUGCGCUCCCCCUACGGCAUGGGAGCGCAAAGUCGACCCGUCAGCACCGCGAACCUGACCACGCUGUCCGGAUUCCAGACACAAGGGCCGACUAACGAGGCCAUCAUACAGGCCAUUCGCGAGUGUCUGGCCGAAGUGGAUAUGGACAGCGUGACGAAGAAGCAGGUCAAGGUGUUGGUGGAGCAGAAGCUGCAGUGUCAAUUGGUUGGAGAGAAGAGGGCGUUCUUGGAUGAGAGGAUUGAUGUGGAGUUGGCUAAUAUGUAA